AUGAGUGUAUCUCGGCUGGCUUUACUGCUUGGACUGCUUCUAUAUAUUGAAGCUCCAUUGUCCAACGCCCAGCACUGGUCUCAUGGUUGGUAUCCUGGAGGCAAGAGGGACCUGGACACUUUUGGCACAUCAGAGAUUUCAGAGGAGAUUAAAUUAUGUGAGGGAGAGGAAUGCAGUUACUUGAGACCACAGAGGAGGAGUAUACUCAAGGCCAUUCUUUUGGAUAUCUUAACCAGAGAACUCCAGAAGAGAAAGUAA